AAUAUGGAUCUAAAAUUCUGUGAAAAAGAAUCUCAGUCGAGAUCGAAGUCACUUCUUCGAGACACCCAAUCUCCUGAAACUGAAACCUCUGUAAUCCAAUUUCACUUUAUUAUCCAAUUCUGAAGCUAUCUAGGGCUUGGCUGCUGCGGUGUUUGCUUAUCUGGGUCUGGUAAAGUUUUUGUUUUUAAUUUUUGGAAGGCAUGGGUCUGGUAAAAGGUUUGAAAGUCUGGACUUGGUUUCGGUGCCUUGAAACCAUGGAGGUGUACAAGACAUGGGUUCGGAGGAACAAGGAAUAUGUCCACUCCCUGGAGUCUCUUGCCAAUGGAUUAACGUGGCUACUUCCUGAACGGUUUUCUACUUCUGAGAUAGGACCAGAAGCAGGUUUUGUGAUAUUUGGGUAACACUUAGCUACUUCUUGUUCACGUAGAAAUCUUUGAUAAAAUUUUCCUUUCUUCUUACAACCGAUCAUCUGAUUGGUUGUUAAGAAAUUAGAGGAAAGAAA